GACUAAAUAAUAUGUGUGACAGUGGUGGUAAAGUUACGACAGCUGUUCAGUGUGUGAUUUGGCUUGUUACUAUGUGCAGUCAGUGUAUCGUCAUCACGCCAGGUAAUAUUUGCAUUUGAAUUCAGAGCUGUAGCGUUGUGGACGAAAUGAGCUACACAGAGAAACACGAAAACAUUUCGAAGGACGACUGGAUGGAGCAUCUCGAAGGUGUUCAUGUACAGCGUUCAGACAUGAAUAAGCUUAUUAUGAAUUAUUUGGUGACAGAAGGAUUUAAGGAAGCAACUGAAAAAUUCCAGCAGGAAUCAGGCGUGAGUCCGUGUAUGGAUCUGGAUUCUCUCGAUGACAGAAUACGAAUACGUGAUGCCAUUCAGAGUGGUAAGAUUCAGGAAGCUACGGCAAUAGUUAACCAGCUGCAUCCUGAGUUACUAGAUAACGAUAGGUAUUUAUAUUUUCAUCUUCAGCAGUUACAUUUGACAGAACUGAUUCGAAGCGGAAAAAUUGAAGAAGCGCUCCAUUUUGCUCAAGAACAGUUAUCAGAAGCUGCAGAAUCUGAUCCUACCGUUUUAAAUGAGUUGGAAAGAACAUUAGCCCUUUUGGCGUUUGAAGACCCCCAUCAGUCACCAUUUAGUGAUUUGUUGCACCCUACACAUAGACAAAAAGUCGCAAGUGAACUAAAUGCCGCAAUACUAAAAAUGGAAAACAGAGAAUCUACAACUCCAAAGUUGUCAAAUUUGUUAAAAUUAAUAUUAUGGGCACAAGAUGAAUUGGAUAAGAAGAAGAUUAAGUAUCCGAAGAUGACUUGCCUUGCCAACGCUGUAAUUGAAGCACCAAAAUGACAACAAAUAUCUCCCCCUCAAGAAUCUAUUGAAACUUCCAGUUUUUAUCAAGGACAGUGAAACAUCUUGAGGGAUGUCAGUUUGCUAAUAAACUGUAACGCCAGUUUCGACUUUCAUUGUGGGGACAUUUGUUCCACUGAGCAAAUUUUGUAGAAUCAGAUUGUGUAUGUUAUUUCUUGUUUUAGUGAUGCAUUAACGAUUUACAGAAAAAAAUGUACUAACUGUUUAAGCUGUGUUGAAAAUGAGUGCAUGCAUUUGUGUUUUUUAGGCAGACAGUAAGUACUGAAAUUUUUAUUCAAUUACAGACAUGUGGAAAGUAGUACUGUGCAUGCAUAUUUAAACUCUUAAAACCCUUAUUGACACGUAACCAUUUAAGGUGUUAUAUUUAAGGGCUUUUUUUUCAUUUAUCAUAUAAACUUUUUUCCAUAUAAACAAGAACAAAAGAAUUUCUGUAUUUUUACAAGUGUAAUAA